CGGCCUCGGCCUGCGCGGCGGCGGCGGCGGCGGCGGCGGCAGCGGCGGCGGCCUGGGCCCGGGCGCGGCGGCGGCGGCGGCGGCAGCGGCGGGGCCUGGGGCCGGAUCUAAGAUGGCAGCGGCGGCGGCGGCGGUAGGGCCCGGCCCGGGCGGCGCUGGGGUGGCAGGGCUGGGCGGCUCGGGGCCCUGCACUGCCGUGUCCGUGUUCCCCGGCGCCCGCCUCCUCACCAUCGGCGACGCGAACGGCGAGAUCCAGCGGCACGCGGAGCAGCAGGCGCUGCGCCUCGAGGUGCGCGCCGGCCCGGACGCGGCGGGCAUCGCCCUCUAUAGCCACGAAGAUGUGUGUGUGUUCAAGUGCUCGGUGUCCCGAGAGACGGAGUGCAGCCGUGUGGGCAAGCAGUCCUUCAUCAUCACCCUGGGCUGCAACAGCGUCCUCAUCCAGUUCGCCACUCCCAAUGAUUUUUGUUCCUUCUACAACAUCCUGAAAACCUGCCGGGGCCACACCCUGGAGCGGUCCGUGUUCAGCGAGCGGACGGAGGAGUCCUCUGCGGUGCAGUACUUCCAGUUUUAUGGCUACCUGUCCCAGCAGCAGAACAUGAUGCAGGACUACGUGCGAACAGGCACCUACCAGCGUGCGAUCCUGCAGAACCACACUGACUUCAAGGACAAGAUCGUUCUGGACGUUGGUUGUGGCUCCGGGAUCCUGUCAUUUUUCGCUGCCCAAGCUGGAGCAAGGAAGAUCUAUGCUGUGGAGGCCAGCACCAUGGCCCAGCACGCCGAGGUCUUGGUGAAGAGCAACAACCUGACUGACCGCAUCGUGGUCAUCCCCGGCAAGGUGGAGGAGGUCUCACUCCCCGAGCAGGUGGACAUCAUCAUCUCGGAGCCCAUGGGCUACAUGCUCUUCAACGAGCGCAUGCUCGAGAGCUACCUCCACGCCAAGAAGUAUCUGAAGCCCAGCGGAAACAUGUUCCCUACCAUUGGCGAUGUCCACCUCGCACCCUUCACAGAUGAACAGCUCUACAUGGAGCAGUUCACCAAAGCCAACUUCUGGUACCAGCCAUCCUUCCACGGAGUGGACCUGUCAGCCCUCCGAGGUGCUGCAGUGGACGAGUAUUUCCGGCAGCCUGUAGUGGACACAUUUGACAUCCGGAUCCUGAUGGCCAAGUCUGUCAAGUACACAGUGAACUUCUUAGAAGCCAAAGAAGGAGAUUUGCACAGGAUAGAAAUCCCAUUCAAAUUCCACAUGCUGCAUUCAGGGCUGGUCCACGGCCUGGCUUUCUGGUUUGACGUUGCUUUCAUCGGCUCCAUAAUGACCGUGUGGUUGUCCACGGCCCCAACGGAGCCCCUGACCCACUGGUACCAGGUCCGGUGCCUGUUCCAGUCACCACUGUUCGCCAAGGCUGGGGACACGCUCUCAGGGACAUGUCUGCUUAUUGCCAACAAAAGACAGAGCUAUGACAUCAGUAUUGUGGCCCAGGUAGACCAGACAGGCUCCAAAUCCAGUAACCUCCUGGAUCUGAAAAACCCAUUCUUCAGAUACACAGGCACGACGCCCUCGCCCCCACCUGGCUCCCACUACACAUCUCCCUCCGAGAACAUGUGGAACACGGGCAGCACCUACAACCUCAGCAGCGGAAUGGCCGUGGCUGGGAUGCCGACUGCCUACGACCUGAGCAGUGUUAUCGCCGGCGGCUCCAGCGUGGGCCACAACAACCUGAUUCCUUUAGCCAACACGGGGAUUGUCAAUCACACCCACUCCCGGAUGGGCUCCAUAAUGAGCACGGGGAUUGUCCAAGGGUCCUCCGGCGCCCAGGGCAGCGGCGGCGGCUCGAGCUCGCACUAUGCAGUCAACAGCCAGUUCACCAUGGGCGGCCCCGCCAUCUCCAUGGCCUCACCCAUGUCCAUCCCGACCAACACCAUGCACUACGGGAGCUAGGGGCCCCGCCCCACGGACUGACAGCACCAGGAAACCAAAUGACGCCCCCGCCCAUCCUGCCCCACCUGGCGGCUUUCCCCCUUGUACUGGAGGAGCCCGAACACCUGGUCACAGCCCUCUUUGCUAUGGGAAC